AAUAUUUAAUAUAUAAAAAACUCAUAUAAGAAAUUGAUAAUUAAAAUUUACGUCGAUGUAAAAGAAUUUUAUUUUCUUUGUGUGUUACAUAAGAUGAGCAAUUUCUCUUUUUAAUUCUUCAUUCGCAACUGUAUAAAUGGUUCGUUCAAGUGUACACACCCAGACAAAAGUUUAAUAAGCGAUAUAAGAGUUACUUGUUACUUCAUAGAGGCGGAUCCGAAAUCAGUAGCGGCUCGUAAUUUUAUACGCCCCGUGUUUCACGGUUUCUAACCUCUAAUCACAAAAUAAUUUCUUCCAUUUUUUUUUUCUACUCAUCGAAUUACAUUCCAUCGGCCUGUCUAUUCCUAUCAUCUAGAAUUUCCUUCCGAUUUUUGAUAUGGAUGUGAUUAACAUAUAAGAAAUACACCAUUCUCCGAAGUCAUGAAAGCGUAUUAUGUUUCGUGGACAGUAGUGGUGUACAGUCGUUUAAAUUUUCCAUUUAUGUGGCACAGAAUCGCACACACAUUAAAGCACAAAUACGUAAAUGUCAGUCAUACGGGUAAGAAGAUCGGUGUAGGUAUGUGACCGGGUGCAAUCAAACAAUUUGAAAUAAGAAGACGAAAAGUUGCCGCACCAGUUGUUGCAAUUCGAAAUUACUAUUAGUACAUGUACUUACAAUGGAGGGCCACCAGGUAAGAGCAUUAUAUGACUUUACUGGAGAGCCAGGAACAGCAGAGUUGUCUAUCACAGCAGGAGAAAUGUUGACUGUUAUGAGAGAUAAUGUGGGUGAUGGGUGGUGUGAAGGUUUUAAUCAGAGUGGAAAGUCUGGAUUGUUUCCAGCGGCAUAUGUUCAAAUUGUUGACACUUCAGCAUCUGCUCCAAAUGCAAUGACAUCAUCCCAACAAAGUUCAGGGGAUUAUUGGGAUGAUGAAUGGGAUGACGAUUCAGAAGUUGGACAAACGCAAGCGUAUGUUCCUCAGCAGCAGCAACAACAACAUAUGAUGCAAUUGCAACAGCACAAUAGUGUUGAUUAUGGAGAUUCAGUUUCUAUGCAAACUAUUCAUUCUGUGAUACCUGAAAGGCCUAUACCCAACAUACCAAAGAAAAAUAAUAAAUUUUCUACAUUAAUAAAGUCUGGAGAAGAUAGUUAUUUAUUAGGGAUGAGAGUAGCAAAUGUUCCUGAAAAUGAGAAAAUAUAUAUUGAGGAAAUUGAAGGUGGACGUUUUAGGUGGAGUUCAAGAGGGGAAUCCUACAACUGUGUAGUUACAUCUCCUAAGAAAGAAUCUAAACUGAAGGGUCUUAAAAGUUUCAUAGUUUAUCAACUUACACCAACGUUCAACAAUAUUCAAGUUUCAAGAAGAUACAAACACUUUGAUUGGCUACACGAACGUUUGGAAGAAAAAUAUUGUUUUAUUCCCAUUCCACCAUUGCCAGAUAAACAAAUAUCAGGGAGAUAUGAAGAACAAUUUAUCGAACAUCGACGCACACAAUUACAAGAAUUCGUUGAUUACGUUUGUAGACAUCCUGUACUGGCGCGUAGUCGCGUAUGGGAACAUUUUAUAACUUGUACAGAUGAGAAAAGGUGGAAGGCCGGCAAGAGACAGGCUGAGAAAGAUGAAUUAUUAGGCGUAAAUUACUUUAAUGCUGUGCAAUGUCCUGAAACAACUUUGGAUGUUAUAAAAGUGGAAAUUCAAACGGAUGCUUUCAGUAGAUUUAUAAGCGGAUUGGAUCCGGUUGUUAAAAAUUUUAUGGCUAUGGCUGUUGAUCAAACAAAGAAAAGCCUUCUUUAUAAGAGAGAAUUUCAAAAAAUUGGUCAAAGCUUUAGUGCAUUAAGUCAUGCUUUAGAAGGCGACGAUAGUAGUCGAGGAAGAUUGACUUACGCGUUAAAAAUAACGGGAGAUGCUUAUAACGAUAUCGGCAAGUUAUACGAAGAACAGCCUAAGUUUGAUUGGGAACCUUUGUCUGAUAAAUUUCAUAUUUAUAGAGGAAUCAUCAGUAGUUUCCCAGAUGUAAUUAGCAUACACAAGACUGCUGUACAAAAACGUAAAGAUUACGAAAGGUUAGUAAGUGAACAUAAAAUGGAGCCGCAACAAUUGCGAGAUUUAUCUCAUCGAACCGACGUAAUAGCACGAGCUCUUCUCGCCGAAGAAACGCAUUUUCAAACAGAACAAGAAAUACAUUUAACUCAAGCAAUGAAAACGCAUCUCGCGGAGCAAAUUAAGUUUUAUCAAAAGAUUGUAGAUAAAUUACGGGAAGCGUUAAAUGCAUACGAAGGCUAAAAUAUGUGUAUUUAAUAUAAUGUAAGGUUGCUUCGUUUGUAAUAUCAUUUGGUAUAAUACAUAAUAUUAAAAGUGUUCAUUUAGUUCAAAAUGUAUGAACUAUAUGAAAUUCUAAAACUUUAUGUUGAAUUAUUGAUAAGUGUUGAUUACAGAAAAGUUAUACCAAUUACACAUAAGGGGCCAACAGUUUAUUUUCAGAUGUUACUACCAAAAACUUAACAUAUAUAGGAAUGUGCAAGUAUAUUUUCUAUUUAUAGUAUUUUUUCACACUUAUUUCAGUUGUAUAACUAAGUUGAUUGAAAUAACCAAUCAAACAGAAAUCAUAUUAAUCUACAUUAAAGUAGAAAUAAAAUGCGAUUUCCGGGAAGGAAGAAGCAUCAACUAAACGGUAUUAUUAACGAUGCCUAGUAAUAUAUUGAAUGUCAAUAUUAAUGUUAAUCUCUCGUGGCUGCUACUUCGGAAAUUUAUAGAAUCAUUCAUUGUGUAAUUUAUUAUUCUUUACGUAUUUCAACUAUGAAUAUUAAUUUAAUUUUCAAUUUUUUUACUAAGUACAGUUAUAUAGUUAUAUAUAUAUAUAUAUCAUUUGUAUGUUUCAUUAUAUAGUACUAAUAACUACUUGGAAUUUAAGCCAAACUUUAAACAUAUUAUAUCGAAAUCAAUGUGUAGUAGGAGCAUCAUAGCAAACUACAGUCUAACACAAAAGUUUACAUUACAUUUUAUAAUAAAUGUAAAGUUUAUUAUUUUUUAUCACCACAGUUAACAAAUAUUAAUAUUAUUUGUUAAUUAUAUAAUUGUAUAUUACUGUAUAAUAAAUAAACUUUACAAACACAUUGCCAUGAAUUUAAGGAAUAGUAAAGAUUUAUACUAGUAUAAAUAAAAAUUAAGUAAGAUGUAAGUAGUUGUAAAAAGAUCAAUUUAUAUGGUGUAAUGUAAACUUCUUUUGUCAAGUUAUUGAAUGCAUUUAUUUAUUACACUAUUCUUGUACUCGAACUAAUUAAUUUUUUCAUAUUCCGUAAAAAAAAACAUCGUUUUACAUGAUUCAUGGAUUAUCAGUCCACAAUUUUGUAUUUCAUAAAGGCAGCCACUGUAUGUCGAUAAAUCAUUAAUAUAAAAUGUAAUAAUCAUGUAAAUUUCUUAUUUUGUCUAUAUAAUAUGCAAACUGAAACUGCUACACAUUUAUCAGUUAACAAAUUAUAAAAUAAAGCAUAUCAUUGUUAAUGUAUUUAAAAUAAUUUGUAUAAAAAAAUAGCCUAAUUUUAAACACAAACACACGCAAUUCUGUAAAUGUUAUAAUAUGAUUAUUAUUAUUGUUAUCAUUUGCAUCGUCCAUAUUUCUAUUAUAUUUGCAUUCGUUUUCAUUUCCGAAAGGAAAACUUCCAUUAAAUGUGCAUUAAAUUAAA